CUAUAUCUACGUUACCCCUCCCCCCUACUUCUCUUCUUACAAUCUCUCCUCACCGGCAACCACCACAGAUCACCGGAAGACCUACAUUCAACGACGUCGUAUCACCAUCUCCGUCGCAAAAAUGGACGCAAAUUCAGCCGAAUUAGAAGCAAUCCUGAAGCAAAUCGAGCUUGCAAGCAGUAGCAGCAGCAGCAGCAGCAACAUCAACAACGACGAUCACGGAUGGAAAACGGUGUCGUAUAAGAAAUCAGGACGUAAAUUCACCAACAAAGCACCUGAACAGUACUCCGAUCACAACUCCGGUGACGUUUUCCGGCCGAUUGAACAGAUGUCGGAGGAUCGUCGACGACGAGUUGUUGAAUCUCAGAAAGCUGCGUUCGAUGCGAUCGAAGCUGCGGUUGCGGAUGAUGAUGCUGCUGUUCGUGAUCGUAACGACGGUGAGGAUUACGGCGGAGAUGCGGUGGUUGUUGCCGGAGAGUUGAACUUGAAGAAGAGUAAACCUAAGAAGAAGGUAAAGAAGGUGAAGGUUAGCGUUGCCGAGGCUGCUGCGAAGGUUAAUGAUUCUGAUCUUGCGGUUUUUCUAGCUGAUGUAACGGAAUCGUAUGAGUCGCAACCGGAUGUAAUGUUGAUGCGAUUUGCGGAGUAUUUUGGUCGAGCGUUUGCUUCGGUCAGCGGUUCACAGUUUCCGUGGAUGAAGACACUCAAGGAAGCUACUAUUGAGAAGAUGACUGAUAUUCCUCUGUUGCAUAUAUCUGAAGAUGUUUAUAGGACUGCUACAGACUGGCUUAACCUCCAACCUAUUGACGCCCUUGGGUCGUUUACGUUGUGGUGUUUAGAUAGCAUAAUGGCUGACCUGGCUCACCACCAAGGAGCCGUCAAGGGUUCAAAGAAGGUGGUUCAGCAGCCAACUUCUAAAUCUCAGGUCGCCAUAUUUGUGGUCCUAGCAAUGGUAUUACGGCGUAAACCUGAUGUAAUGAUCGGUAUUUUACCCAUAGUAAAAGAUGGUUCCAAAUAUCAAGGGCUAGAAAAGCUUCCAGUCUUAGUGUGGGCUAUCACACAGGCUUCUCAAGGUGACCUGGUUGUGGGGCUGUUCAUGUGGGUGCGCCUGCUCUUGCCGUUAGUUUGCAGUAAAUCGUGUAAUCCUCAAUCCAGAGACCUUAUUUUGCAAUUAGUUGAGAGGAUUUUAUCUUUCCCUAAAGCUCGUGCAAUUUUAGCAAAUGGUGCUGUGAGAAAAGGGGAGCGUGUGGUGCCACCCUCCGCCCUCGAGCUUUUGAUGGGACCCACAUUCCCUGCUCCUACAGCUCGUGUCAAGGCAACUGAGAGAUUUGAAGCCAUCUAUCCCGUCUUGAAGGAAGUUGCUAUUGCUGUUGCACCUGGCAGUAAAGCUAUGAAGCAACUUACACAGCAGUUGUUACCCGUUGCUGCAAAAGCUGCUGGGAAAGGUAACUCUGCUCUAGCAAAUGAAGCAAGUGACAUAUUCUUGUGGUGUGUAACUCAAAGUCCAGACUGUUACAAACAAUGGGAUGAUAUAUAUCUGGAUCAUCUUGAAGCUAGUGUGGUUAUUCUAAGAAAACUGUCUGACCAGUGGAAGAUUCACUCGGAUAAGCUUUCCAGUCUCGAUCCUUUGAAAUCUGCGUUGAAGAGUUUCAGGGAUAAGAAUGAGACGGCAAUGGCUGGUGGAGAUGAACGUGAAGCUUUGUUGAAAGAAGCAGACAAGCACUGCAAGACUAUUUUGGGCAAGUUUUCACGUGGGCACGGUUGCUUGAAGGCAACUGUAUUUCUGACAGUUACAAUGGCUGUUGGGGUGGCGGUGAUCAUCAAAGACCAUCGGGUAUGGAACCUGAAGGAACUGGUAGAUGUUGAUUUGUCUCGUGCUUUUAGUUCUCUCUCUCAUUGAAUAAUCAGCAAACGCCAAUAAGGAUAUUGAGGUAAAUAGUUGAAAUAAUGGGUCAAAUGAGAUAAAUGAGCCCGUUUUAGGAGCUCGUAUCGUUGUGCUUUAGUAAGACAUAGAUAGAGAACAAACAUGACGGGUCAGGUCAGGUCGGAAGUUUAUGGUAUACCUGAAACAAGAUAGACAAAGGUGGUUUGCUUUUUUUUUUUUUUCUAUCAAUAAAAUCCGGAAUAGUAAUCUCUUAUGCUGAGUGCGAGUUAAAUGUGACAAGGUGUGCUAUAUUUAUUGUU